UCUAGCGUGAGUCCACCCGAGUCUCCCGACUCGUUCGUGAGGGUUUCCCAGCCACAAAACAGCCGCCGCCUCCGAUCUCGACGACCUCCGGUGGAGAAGCUCGAGCGCCGGCGUACCGCGCCUCGCACGAACUCAAGCCAGUGCUGCACGUCACGCCUCGAGCCAGCGCCGCCGUCCCCGACCAAGAUCGCGCCAGCGCCGCCUUCCUGAACGAGCAGCGUUGACCUCCCACCAUCCCUGCCCUUACAGCAGCCUCGAACUCUCCGAUCUCACACCCAGGAUACCCGAUAGAAUCAAGAUGGAAAAGGGGAAAGCAGUGAAAGCAACAUGGGAUCCUGUCGCCCAUAGUAUUUUUCUUGAUGUGUGUAUUGAAGAAGUGCAAGCAAAAAACCGUCAACCUGGCCAAAGUUGUUUGAACGCAAUUGGGUAUGCAAAUUUGGUUAGAAAGUUCAAUACGCGAACAUCUAGAAAUUAUGAGCGCAAACAAUUCAGGAAUAGAUGGGAGGCACUCAAAAAGGACUAUAAUUGUUGGAAGUCAUUGAAUCAACAUGCAUCGGGCCUAGGAAGAGAUCCCAUAACUAAUAGCAUUGCAGCUAGCGACGAUUGGUGGGAAAAUGAGAUAAAGAGAUGUGCAGAGGCAAGCAAAUUUCGGUAUGCUCCACUAGCGGAUGAGGAUAAGAUGAGGGAGAUUUUUGAGCAACAUAGUGUUACAAAUGAAUAUGCGAGGGUGCCAAUUCCAUCAUCUCAAGUUGAGACCUCUCAUAUUAAUAUUCUGAAUGAUGACGACUCUGGAUGUGAAGAAGUUACACCUACCCAGGUUCUGGGUAAAGGUGGAAAGAAGAGAGCAUGUCCUUAUUCACCUAGCCCAACAUUAGUUCAAAAGGUGGCAAAGGUUGAUGAAGAGAAAACGGCAUUCACACGUAUGGUAGAUUUGUUUGCCAAGAGGGAAGAGAAAAGGAAUUCUGUGCCGUCUGAACCUAUAGUGACUGUUGAUCCAGUAAAAGUAGAGUUCAAAGAGAUGAUGACCAUGGUGGUCAAAGCUGGAGGUUUGCCUGGAAGUGAUGAGCAUUUCUAUGCUUCACAGAUGUUCAUAAAAAAAGAAUAUCGUGAUGCAUUCGGCUGUUCUUGUUUCGAGGACGCGGAGCCUAGUACGAUACUUGGAUGGAUCAAGAGGACAUGGGAGAUGUUUAUGAAAAAUAAGUAGAAAGGAAUUUUUUAUGUUAUUUGCUUUGAACCAUAUUAGCUGUAUUGGCUUGAAACUAUUAUUUCCACUCAACUUGUAACUUGGUGAACCUAUCAUUUUCUAUCAAGUUGUUUAUGUCG